GCGGCUCUCGGCUGGGCGAAACCACCUGGCUCUGGGCGGGGGCGUCUCUUCGCCACUGAGAGCCGCCCACUUUAAAGGGGCGAUGACCCCUCCGGAAAUUUGCGUCCUGUUCGUCGCCUAUCUGUUGCUUUCCUCUCCCAUCGUACUCUUCCUCCUUCCUCCGCCUAGCCGAGCAUGAGGGAGCAGCUGCGGCAGCCGCCAGCAGACAUGCUGAGCUUUUUCCGUCGAACCCUUGGACGCCGCUCCAUCCGUAAACAUGCAGAGAGGGAACGGCUAAGGGAGGCCCAAAGAGCUGCAACCCACAUCCCUGCUGCUGGGGAUGCCAAAUCCAUCAUUACUUGCCGCGUAGCACUACUGGAUGGAACAGAUGUCAGUGUGGACUUACCGAAAAAAGCCAAAGGGCAGCUGCUGUUUGAACAGAUCAUGUAUCACCUGGACCUUAUAGAAAGCGACUACUUUGGAUUAAGGUUUAUGGAUUCAGCACAAGUGGCACAUUGGUUGGACAACACAAAAAGCAUUAAAAAGCAAGUUAAAAUUGGCCCACCAUAUUGUUUGCAUUUUCGUGUGAAGUUUUAUUCAUCAGAGCCCAACAAUCUACGUGAGGAGCUAACAAGGUAUUUAUUUGUGCUGCAGCUGAAGCUGGAUAUUCUUACUGGAAAAUUGGAAUGUCCUUUUGACACAGCUGUUCAGUUGGCAGCUUAUAACAUGCAAGCUGAACUUGGAGACUAUGAUCCUGCUGAACAUGUCCCUGAACUGGUGUCUGAAUUCAGGUUUGUUCCCACUCAGACUGAAGAGAUGGAACUGGCCAUUUUUGAGAAGUGGAAGGAAUGCAGGGGGCAAACACCAGCACAGGCUGAAACUAACUACUUAAACAAAGCUAAGUGGCUGGAAAUGUAUGGUGUAGACAUGCAUAUAGUCAAGGCAAGAGACGGCAAUGACUACAGCCUGGGAUUAACACCUACAGGAGUUCUUGUCUUUGAAGGAGACACAAAGAUUGGUUUAUUUUUCUGGCCAAAGAUAACAAGGCUUGACUUCAAGAAAAACAAACUCACUCUAGUUGUUGUUGAGGAUGAUGAACAGGGAAAAGAGCAGGAGCACACUUUUGUCUUUAGACUGGAUCACCCCAAAGCCUGCAAACACUUGUGGAAAUGUGCAGUGGAACAUCAUGCCUUCUUCCGGCUCCGAGGUCCUGUCCAAAAAGGCUCCAGUCGGUCGAGCUUCAUUCGGUUAGGAUCCCGGUUCCGGUACAGUGGGAAAACAGAAUAUCAAACCACGAAGACCAACAAAGCCAGGAGAUCAGCAUCCUUUGAAAGAAGGCCCAGCAAGAGAUAUUCAAGACGAACACUGCAAAUGAAAGCACAUGCUGCUAAGCUCGAAGACACAAGUGCUGCAAACAGUGUGAUCAACCAAACAAAUGGAUCACAAAACUGGAAUGCAAAGCCAAACUUACCUGUCCUAACAGCAGUUCCUUCUGCCCCAGUCUUAGUGGAAAUAGAAAACCUCCCAAGGAGCCCAGGAGUCAGCCAGCAAGACAAGAAGUGCAUACCUCUUGUUGAUUUGCUAGACAGCACGGAGUUGCCAGAAACUUGUGUUGAUGAAGCUGUAGGCCGUCCAGUUGUUGGCCUGGCAACAGGAGACUCAGAAGAGGCUGGCACAAAGGAAGCUGCUGCUGAAAAAGCAGACUCUGAUCCCUUUGAAGAUGCGUUUCUAAAACUGAAACAGCUGGAGACAGAGCGGAGCAGCCCCGUGCCAACCGAGCGUCCCAAUGUAAACAUAAACAUACAGGAUGAAGUGGUAAAGUUGACAGAAAAAUGUCUUAACAAUGCAAUUGAGAGCCCGAUCGCAGCAGCAACAUGGCUUCCAGCAGACAUCAAAAGCAAUAUCCUGAAGGCCCAAGCAGAAGCAGGACACAAGGUUGUAAGAGAAGACAGUUUGGCAGGUGUCAAGAAUUCCAAUAUUCAGGAUGCUGUUACCAGGAACGUUCUCCCUUCAGGCAAAACACAAAUUAAUACUCCAGCCACCAGUCCUGUAUUUCAAGACUCAAGAGAGCUGCUUAAAGCAAUCCCUGCUUCAAACACCUUUGUUCUUAACACACUAAAUGAGGACAACACUGCCUCUAACCAUGAGGACUUGCUGAUUCCAGCUACUCUGGCUCCAGCUCAGGAGGCUGCUGUUUCAAAGAGCACUCCAGAUGACCAGGACGUUUCCUUAACAUCACUGACAGAGAAUCUAAUUGACUUUACAGAAGCCACACCUCGGGUGUCUUCUCAGCCCAUAACAGCACCGAGGUGGUUAGUGCCAACUGGACUGAUAUCCAAUGGACCUCUGGGAAACGAUGUUGCCUUGGCUAUGAAGGCAGCGAAAGGCAGCACAGAGACUCUCUUGUCAUCAACUGUAUUGCCACCAUCCCACCAGACAUCUGAAGUCCUUGCAAGCCCAGUUAUUGAGGAUGCUACACUAAGAACAAAAUGUUUACUCACCACUGAACUCUAGAAGAAGGAAUCUUUGCACUUCCUCACCUUGUAAAAUCUCAAAUCUUCUAACACAUCUCCAAGGGAUCCUUCCAAAAGACUUGCUUGGGACCAAAGUCUUGCUGAAUGGGAGUCCAACAGCUAGCUGGUUUGCUAGGAUCCAGGAAGAGACUUCAACAUUUACUGCAACCUAACUGGAAUUACAGUCUAAACCAGGAACUAAACUUACGUGCACAUUUGACUGUCUCCCUCAGAACUGAAAUGCCACAUGGAAGUUAAUUCUGAACAUGAGGAACAAAAUCUAGUCAUAUUGUGCUCACACUAAGUUUAGUCCUGCUCACCUUGUGCUGCCUCUCAAGUGUUAAUGGAAAGCGUUAACUGUUUUGUUAGCUGUGAUGUAGUGUGUGAGGAUGGUAUUGCUCACCUCUGUAGAUUAACGUUGGCGAGGUUAGGAGAACUUGUAGGGCCACCUUGUGGCCACGCUGUGUAUGGUGAUUCACGGUGAUGAUGACUGCUUCAUACGGCCAAGGGCGUUUUCUUCUGUGUUGUUAUUCCCUCUGCUUUUCCUUUAUUUUACCAAUACAUACUGUCCUUUUUGGCCUUAAAUUAAGAAUCAUUGCACCUCUUGUUAGCAAUACCUGGGAAGAAUGGAAAAAAAUGUAGUCCAACAGUGACCAAUUGCACUGACUGGAUUUGAGCUGCUCACUACAAGCAGGAAAAGAAAAAUUAACCUGCCCAACAGCCUAUGGCAUUAGCAGGCUGCAGCAGAGGUGCCACCUUUCGACACUGGUUAAUUCAUUCCUGUAUGACUCAGAUGCAUUCUGAGUUGUGAGUUGUAACUGCUGAAGCGGUGAUAGGAUGAGGACAGCUUACUUCAGGAACUGCUUUUGGGUAGUUUUGUUGUUGUACAGGACUUGGAAUGGAAAGAAUUUUCUUCUUUUCAUUCUGUUUCUAGGUGUUGUUUCCAGAUGCUAUGGCAUGAGGGUGUAAUUAGAUCAGUUGUUACCACCACCAAAUGUCACUGUUCCACUGUUGCAAGUGUCAUCUAAUAGUUGUGUGUAGAACAAAGAAUGGAAAAAGUAGUUUGAAAACAGGAGGGGUGAAAAAAGUUAAAAAGUUCCUGCAAGCAGUUGACUUCUUUGCAGAAGGAAGGUAGGAGCACUUGUAAGAGCUCCACUGAGGUAACAAAGGCCUUUAGGUGCUCAGGUCAAGUACAGGGUACAGUCUGAGUUCUGGUGGCAGGAUUCUCAUGUAGAGGUGAGCACAUGGACCCUGGGGUACAGUCUGUGAAAAAGGCCAAUGCAGAGUCAGAGGUAGGAGAGAUGAGGGUGAAGCCAAGUUAUGAACUCCACAUCUCCUAAUAUGGAAGCACAGAUGAAACAAGUGGGAUCUUUCUUAGGAAGAGGUUUGUAGAUAUGACUGGGGUCGGAGGAUGGUUUCUGCAUAGUGCUGCUGUUUAUGAAUAUUUAUAUACAUGUGGUUCUGAGAAAAAAAUUCAGUGUGAGAGUUGGUCCUGUAACCUGUCUGCACAAGUUCACUUCUGCACACCUGCUGCAUGCAUGUCUCUCAGCAUAGACAAAGAUUUGGACCAAACCACUGUGGGUUGUGCAAGCACGCUGGUGCCCAGCUAGGCUGCUUCUUUCAGAGCAGGGCAGCUCUUGUGCUUUUGUUGUUGAGAUGCUGAAUGAGCGUUAAGGAAGAAGCCAUGUGGCAUUUGUGUGGCCCACUGCCACUCCUAAAAACCCCUGAGGCCUUAAUAAGUGAAAUAGAGACCCAUGGGGAGCUCUUCGGACUGACGUACGAGAGUGGCUCUGCAGACAAUGAUUUGCAGCCAUUGCCUCAAGAACCAAGAGUCAGAAUUGGUGGCAGGCAUUUCAUGUCCUCUUUCCAGCCAGCCCCAAAAGCUGGGCAGACUCCCUGCUGCCCACACUGCCAGCCAGAGGGGAGCUGCUGCUCUUGACUGUGGGAGUGUUUCUGUUCAUCAGCCUGCUCGGCUCUGCCAUGAAUUCCAGUUGAGUAUUGGCUAUUUUUUAUACUUUUAAAUCUGAGCCUUAUUGCAUAUUAAAAUGUAGAAGGUUCCCAAAAUCAAACAUCAAAUGUCUUAUUCUGGAUUAAUAGCACAGUUGCCAGCAAAGUUGCUGCAGGAAGAGGGAAGCUAUGGCUGCAACAGCCUGCUUCCUGCGCAAAGCCAGGACUGUGUGGGGAAGCUUGGCACUUGCUAUUGAUCUGUUUGCUCAGCAGCUGAGCUGGCAUGCUCCAGCUACAUGUGUUGGGUGUGUAAAUAGACAGAAUGCAGUAGCAGCAUUUUCUUUAAGGCACGUUUGAUAUUUGACUCUUCUCCCUGAGUUCAGGAGCUCUGUGAACUUGAAUCCCUCCCAAAAGCAGAAUAACAGAAGUUUACAGUUCCACGUUGCAUGUUGAAUAGCAUCUUAGAGUCUUCCCGAGCAAUCACAUGCAGCAGAUAGCAAGUAAGUAACACGUGUGGGGAGUGUGUGUCCCUAAAAUCGAAGUGGUUCCAAGUAGCCAGCUGAUAUUUCAGCAUGGUUGGCAUAGUGGUGAUGGGAAGAGAAGGACUGUGUUUGCACAUAUGCAAGCAACAAAGUUUCGGCAGGGCAAGGUUUUCCUCAGUUUUCAGAGGGUGCUUGAAACUGUAUUGGGAAAGUCAACAUUUUCGACUGUUGAACUUGCGUUUUCUAGGAUCUGGGGCCACAAACCCAACCCAAUUUCCCAUGAUGCCUUGACACUUGGAGCAAAUAUUCACUCCAUUUAACUCAGUGUAGUUUGUUUAGCUAAUGCAAACGACUGUUCACAUACAUACAGGGAGCCUGGUGAGACUACGGUUCUGUCAGCUGAGCAGACGCAGAGGUAGAUACCUGAACGUCCUGCGGUUUGGCAUUGUUGGUCUGCUUUAAAACUCUGCGUGUCCUGGUGUAUUGCAGCUGGCCAACAGGUAACAGCAUUACUCAUUGCCUGUGUUUUAUCAAAUACAAAUAGGUAUAAUGCAGCUAAGGUUACAAAUGCAGUUAAUGUUAUAAAGUACUGCCUCUGUACCACUGAAGAACGUGGAUUUUCUUAUUGAUUGGCUGUAAGACCCAACCAGCCUCUGUAAGUGAGGUAUUUUGGUAUUUGUGUAUAGAGAUUUGGCACUGGGAUGUUGGCAGAUUUGCCAACCACUUAAAGGCUGUAAGAGUUGACAGGAAUGAAUAAAUGCAUGUUCUGUUGCAGUAAUUUGGCAAAAGCCAGCUCCCUGUUUAGAAAAAAAAAAAAAAAAAAAAAAAAAGGCAGAAACAAAUGAAAAAAAAACACCUCAGCAACCAGAAAUCUCUUUCUUCCUACCAAAGUUUUGUCCCAUUGACUUCCCAGUGCGUGUCCCAGCCUGCUGUCAUUCACUGGCCCUGUGUCCUCUUGCUCUGUGUGUGUGUGCAGUGCUGGUCAGAGAAGGAUGCUUUUGUUAAUUCUAAAAUUUAAAAAAUAUAUCUUAAACUAAAAAUGUGACUGGAUCUAGAAGUGGUUUUACUCCAUAAGUGAUUGGAGUAAAGCAUUUCAUAGAAAUCUUAACAUUUGUCUAACAUAAAACCCUCAGCCCAUAUCUCAAACUGAUAAAUCUUAGGAGAUGAUGGAUGGCAGAACUGCAUUUCAGCCUGAUCUAUUUAGUCCAGCAGGAAGAAAGAGUCUGUACACACUGUGCGUGUGGUAGUGGCUGUACAGGCUUCUGAAAUGUGUAUGAAAAUGUGGGAGUUCAGGCCCUCUUGACUUUCAAUAAGGGAUUCUUCUCUUCAGUGGUGAGAGGGUUUCAUAUUAGGAUAGUCAUACGAGAGGAAAAAACUACUUAGCUGGCAAUCAGUCAUGGCUAAUGAAUUGGCUUCAGUGUAUUUGAUUUGAAAUUUAAAUCCCACAGAUACUUUGUCAGAGACAGCUGUGUAACAGCUUAUGUUUUGGUAAAAACUUGGGCACAACUUUGGCAAGAAAAUUUGCAGCACCAGAACAGCAGCUCAGAUGAACAGUGCAGUUCCAUUUGCUGUUUUCAGCCCUUGGCUGUUACCUAUCUGUCUGCCCCUGGCUCAUUCUCAUUUCUUGAAGCAUGGACGUGCUGUGAAGAUCAGCAUGUCCUUCACAAGCAGCACUGGAUGUAUUUUUCAUAUUGUGAACCUAUUCUGGUACAGCCCUGACCUUCUGCAGAUUGUUAGCAGCUAUGUUUCAUGGCCAGCUAGCAUUUCAAGCUGUAUGUGGGGGCACAGAGUUAGCAAGCCUAGAAAGCUGUAGUGUGUGUGUGUAUAUAUAUAUAUAUAGAGAGAGAGAGAGAGAGAGCUGUUAGACACAGGAAUGUCACAGCUUUCAAAUGCAGCUGGACAAUCAUAACUCUUAUACCAAAAAAUAAACCUAAUUCAUGCUAAUGGCCUUUCAGCGGUGCAGGAGUGAUGCGUGUGUGUUUGGUCUGAGCAGGAGCAUCACGGUCGAAAGCACAGGGGCCUCUCGACCCUGCUCAAAUGGAGGUGUAUAGAGUUGGUGUGAUGUCAGUAAAUGCUGCCCUGUCUUAUGGCUGUGUUCAGGAGACCCAGGUGGUGAGCACAGGAAGCCAGGAUCUGUGACUCAGCAGCAUCAUGCGUGGCUCUGUGUGCCCACUGGGCAUGGGCAGUGGGUGCUGCCCUGCCUGCGGUGUUGGAGCUUGCAUGGCAGGGAGCUGCAGGGUUGUCCUACAGAAUUCACCUGCUCAUCACUUGAGUUUGCAUGAACACACAGCCACUCUCCUUACCUGUAACUGGACGAACUUCUUUUUAAAGUAAGAAUAUUUUUUUAGCUAGAUGUCUGUUUUGUUUUGUUGAAGCCACACUAACUACUGUGUUUUUACUUUUUAUAUGUAAAACUUGGCAAUAGCUAUCAAUGUGUAAUUUAUUUGUUGUUUUUUUUAUAAACCAAACUGCACCCUCUUCUGUUUAACAGCAGCAAUGUAUGAAGUAUUUUAGGCACUGCACUGAGAUCUGUAUUGAAAUGUACAUGGGAACAAGAAACUGUGAUUUGUAGGCCACUCAAAUUAAUCUUGAAAUGUUUUUACUGUAGUUUUGUCUUAAAUAUACCACAUCAGCACAAA